UACAUUUCUCGCGAAUUAUUAUUUUCCGCGUACAAAACGAGACGGACGUAUAAUUUUCGGGCACUCGAGAGAAAUAAGGAGAGAGAUGAAGAGCGAAAAGAUCAUUCGAGUGCAGAGAGUGCAAGUGAAACGAGCGGUUGUUCGCAGGUGUUUCGCGCGCGGUCGCGACUCUCGAGGUCGAUUUAACUCUAGCCAACUCGAUCGAUUAAAGCCCGGUUUCACCAAACGUCGUUUAACUUUAGUCUUGGUUGGUUUUAGUUUAUUAAUUCACGUUCGUCUCUUUCUAAAGUAACAGUUAGAAAGAGAUCAAGGAUUAAUUAAGCUAGGCGACAUUGGUGAAAUCAGGCCUAACUCAGCCAAUCGUUUGCGGCAAAAUUUCAAAUUGCCAUUUUCAGUCUAAUCCUCUUUUUACGUGCACAAUGAAAAGAUUAAUCUUUCUGUCAAUAUUUAAUUAAUCCGCUUUGCAGAAGUCAUCCUGACACAGACAUGACUUGAAUUAAACUCCUACUUUGUAAAAUUAUCAGCCAAUUGUUUGCGGCAAAAUUUUAAAUUAGACAGCUAUUUUCAGUCUAAUCCUCUUUUUACGUGCACAAUGAAAAGAUUAAUCUUUCUGUCAAUAUUUAAUUAAUCCGCUUUGCGGAAGUUAUCCUGACACAGACAUGACUUGAAUUAAACUCCUACUUUCUAAAAUUAUUGUAAAAUUACUAUACUUUGAUCAGGUACAUUAAACCAGCAAACAACUAACAGUUACACACCACCAAUAUUAUAAUUUUCUUCUCAACAAUGUAAAGUCUAUUGUACAUUAAAUUUAUAUUAUUGAAUGGGGAAAUUAUAAUUUUAUAUGUUCUGAUGUUAUGUAACUGUUGACGUUUCCUAGGUAAGAGAGAUCGGGCGUUACGAAUUCUCGAUCAUCGCCCCUGCAAAACGGACUUGCCUGAUCUAUCGAUGCGCGAGAUCCUCGGUUAAUUUUCUAUAAACGGAAUCGUCGGGCGCGUUUACGCAAGAGGGAACAAACGUGCCGAGACGACCUAAUUUUAGAAUCCGUCGCAUUCGCGCCUCCGUUUCGCGACGUGGAGGCAGAAUCCCGCGAAUGUUUCGUGUUAAACGCACAAUCGAUCGCUCCCGAUAAGCGAUUAGCGCUAAUGUCUCUGACGAGAAAGGGAAAUGUCUCGCUCGACGAGUUUCGUCGUGCCGUGCAUAAUGCCGUAUCGCAGGAGCCGUUCGCGGCUCGAUUCGCGGGGCUGUCCGCGUCGGGCGACAGGCGAGGAAUGGUCGAGAUGCUCGUGGAGAUGCCGUGCGUGGCGGGCUUGAAACUGGGCGACUUGUACGAGGGUAAGAACGACGCGCAGGCCGCGCGGCUGUACGAGAGAUCGCUCGGGACGGCGACGGAGUCCGGAGACGAGCGCGCGGAGGAGCUCAAGACGAGUAAUAUUCUCACGCGAGCACUGUUUGCGGCCGGUGCGAGCGGUAGAGUGUUUCUAGAUGCGAUCUGCGAGCGCGCUAGGCGCUCCUACAGUUUGCGCGCUUACGCGAGCUGCCUGCGGGACUGCGACUGCAUGCUGGCGCUUCCUGCGAGUCUCUACGACGACUCCGCGGAGAACGUCAAGUACUUGGUGCAACGUAGGAAGGAAUGCCUUCAACUAGAGCGGGAGUGCACCCGGAAAUUGGAGGCCGCGUCCUUCAAGAAACGCGGCGGCCGUCAACGGCCGUCCUCCAACACUUCCUACUCCUCUUCCUCCUCCUUCCGUUCUUCUUCCAGCAGUGCGUUGCCCACCAUCGAUGGCAAGCCGCACGUCUGCUUCACGAGCUGUCCGGACAGCGUCGAGCUGCGGUUCGACGAAGCCAGGGGCCGGCACCUCGUGGCUGCGAGAGACAUCAGGCCGGGGACUGUGCUCAUUGUCGACCGGCCGUUUUCCUUUAGCACGGACGCACCAGCUCUCGGCAGGAAUUGCUUGCAUUGCCAUGCGACACUUAAAUUAGAAGACAGCGUUAGAAUCCCGUGUCGUGAUUGCCAAACAGUGGCCUUCUGCGCGGAAGCGUGUCGCAAGGAAGCGUGGGAGAAGUAUCACCGGUACGAGUGCUCGGUGUUCGAUUACUUCUUCGAAAAUUCGUCCAACAGCGAACGCCAGCGAACGUCUUAUCUCUUGCUGGCUUACCGCACCACGGUCAUGCAAGCGCUGUCGCUGCGAGACGGCGCGGCGACCACGUGCGUCUUGAAUCCCGACUUCCUACGAUACCACGCCAGUGGUGAUGCAGGAGAUCACGACGUUAGCAGGGAGUGCGCGGACUCGGGGUCGAAGAGGACGUACAGUCCUCUGGAUUACCGAACGGUGUUCCAACUGGAGACCCAUUGCGCUGACGUGGAGGCCAACGUGAAUCUCGUACGCGCCGCCGAGGCGAUCUUUCUCGCGAAAUGCCUGACCUCGGUUCUCAGCAAACUGGACGUGGUCUGCGCGAGGGAGACGUUCGUUUCGUUGGCCGCGGCUAUGCUGCACCAUUUGCAGGCGAUCGUCUGCAACGCGUACGAGAUUGUCGAGAACGUCCAUGACGAGGCGACGCGCGUAUGGGAGCCUAGGAACGUUGGUGCAGCGAUCUACACCACGGUCAGUCUCGUGAAUCACGGCUGUUACCCUAACGUGGUUCGCCACUCCUAUCCGAACGGAGCAGUCGUGGUCAGAGCGCUGCGCUUCAUCGGCAAAGGAUGCGAGUUACUCGACUGCUACGGGCCUCACUUUCUCAGCGAGAGCAAACUCAACAGGCGCGAGCUCCUGUGGAAGAAGUAUCGAUUCCUAUGUGGCUGCGACGCCUGCAAGCAGAACUGGAAGUGUCCGCCGGCUGAAAUAACGAGUUACAAAUGCACGGCGUGCGCCGAGUCGACGGGCGUCUUGAUCGCAGGCGCGAGGGCGACGAGUCACCGAUGCGCCAAAUGCGAGAAAAUCAUUGAUUUGAGGAGAAUCGAGAAGCAACUUCGAAAAUCGAUUCAAAAGAGACUGUGCGCCAUCGCGAAAAUGUAUCAGGGGAAUUACAGAGACGCGCUGCCUCUGCUGUUCGAGCACGCGGACUUAGUCAACAAACACUUGGCCGAGCCGAAUAUUGAAGGUAUCAAAACAGAACAGUGUAUCGUCCAGUGUUACAACUCUCUCGGCUCUAUCUCCAUGUGACAACUCACCAGU